AUGGAUCAACGACUACCUCCUGGUUGGAAGGCGGCAUAUGACUCAAAUUCAGGACAGUACUAUUACGUUGAUACCCGCACAGGUCAGUCGCAGUGGCAGCCUCCAGGAGACGUGACACCAAGCACGCAAACACUCUCGCCAUAUCCACAAUAUGGUUCAGGCAUGCCGAGUGCCUCUCCACAGGGACAAGGCAUGCCCAUUGCCUCUACACAGGGUCCAACAAUGCCAAACGCCUCCUCAUUCGGACCAAGCAUGCCUCCCUACCCAUCAUCAGAUAGGUAUUCAACCCCUCCGCCUUAUACAUCCACACCCUCUUAUGACGUCCCUACCGCAUCACCAUAUGGCGCCUCCCCUCAUCCACCAGAUCCAUCCACAUACACUCCUACUACUUACCCUACCGAGAAACAUUCGGGAGGUGGAGAGUCGUCGAGCUACUUGGAGUCAUUCCAAUCACAAAACCCACCAACGUCAUACCCACCAACAUCAUACCCAUCAGGUGCUUUUAAUUCUCAAGGUGCAGAAGAUCCUGACGACCCUAGGGCAUUUAAGCUUGGUGGUAUGAAUACAGCAACUGUUGCUGCUGGUGUGGUUGGUGGCGCGGCGUUGGCUUAUGCAUUAGGGCAUAGGAAACAUAAAAAGAAAAAAUGGAAAGGAUUUAAAUGGAAAGGAUUUAAAUGGUAA